GCCGAGUCAGAAGCUGAUCAAGAGAGUCAUUGGGCUCGCCGGGGAUAUCGUGGGCACGCACGGCUACAAGAUCAGUGCUCUUCAAGUAUGGAUACAAUAUGUAGAAGUGCCGGAGGGACACUGCUGGCUGGAAGGGGACCACAUUGGACGUUCUCUGGACUCCAAUACCUUCGGGCCGAUAUCUCUGGGUUUGGUGACAGCGAAAGCUACUCAUAUAGUUUGGCCGCCGAGUCGAUGGCAACAGUUACAUCCUACAAAGCCUCAUCAUGAGAGCUGUUAGCUUUGUAAAGAGAUUGCAAUGGGAAUUACCUGGCACUGUAUGCAGGCACGGUUUAACUGUGGGAGAUGUCGAUAACGAUGGUGAUAAUGAAUUAGUUGUUGGCACCGCUGAGGGAGAACUUUACAUCUUCAAGGGUACAGAAUUAUGGCAGAAAAUCACUGGCCUCGGUCUCGUAACUAGCGUAGCAAUUGGAGAUAUCUUUAAUUACGGACGUAACGCGCUUGUGGUCAUCUGCGGCGACGGAUGGACCCAUAUAUUUUACAGUCCCAGAUCUGUCAAUCCCAACAAUCCUAAUGCGCCCGCGGGCCAACAUGUUGGAAAGGAUACAAACGAGCAAGACAACUUCAAAACAAGUGCCGAUACGGGAAAUUCCCAAAGCAUGGAACAUGUUGAAAAUACUAAUGAAAAUAAUGAACUCUCUGGGAAAAUGGAGUGCGUGCAUGUACAAAGAAUCCCAACUAAUACAAAGACAGUCCUGAUAGCUGAUGUCGAUAAAGAUGGUGCUAAUGAGAUGAUACUUGGUCUGACAGAUCGUGUUGUGAGAUCUUACAGAUGGUCAAGUAACGCUGACUUGGAGACGGGACAAUUAGUUGGCCUAAAUAAAUGGGAGUGCACUAAUCAAAUAGGCACGGUUACGUUGCAACAUACCGGCGAUGGUACGCCAACUCUACUGGUUGCACAGCCCGGUGGUACGUUCAUGCGAAUUAAGUGCAACCCUGAAGAUUGUCAAUCAAAGAGCAGUUCCUGCGAGGCUGUAGAUUAUCAGACUUUAGGGAUAUCGAGGAUGCGUAAUCAAAAUAUUUCAACGGAAAUUAUCGGAGAUUUAGAGCCGGGAAUAACGCCGUUUAUUUCGACGAUUGAACCUAAAAUAUCUAGUUACGUGCCCAAAGAUAAGUUGUCGAAGCAAGGUUUCACAGAUGACAGCCAACUGGAUAUGAAAACCUUCAAACCUGCAUCGCUCGAGUUUAAACGCAACUACUCGCAACCGGCGUUUCGAAAAAAUAGUUUGGAUAUGGCCGGCCAAUACGGUAGAGAUUUUACAGCGGAAAAUUCAGGACCAGUGAGAUUUUAUAGUCCCGUCGAGUCUUCGAGCACUGAUGACAUAGACGGCAAUUUCGUCGGUGGCAAUGUUAUUCUCGGGCAAUACGAUAGUAAAACAAUGAAAGAUACAUUGUUGUCAUCUUUCACAAAUUUUUCCUACAAUAAUAAUAGUGAGAAUAAUAGCAAUAGUAGCAACAACAGCAAUAACAAUAAAUCGAAUCAACAGGAGGGAAUCGCAAAGGUCGAUACGGAUUUAAAUAAAGUCCGUGAAAGUGAAAGUGUUCCAAAGGGAAAACCUUAUGCCUUGGCAACGCUUGAUGGAACCAUUAUGCUAGUACAGGAUGAGAUUAUUUUAUGGGCUAUGCAAGUAGAUCACCAGAUCUUCGCUCUGUGUCGACUGGACGUCACAGGCGACAAUUCCGACGAGAUAAUCGCCUGUGCCUGGGAUGGUCAGACCUACAUUUUGGAUCAGCAACGGCAUAGCGUGCGCUUCCAAUUUGAGGAACCGGUCAGGGCUUUCUGCACAGGAAAUUACAACGUGAUUCCGGGGACUUUGAGUCCUAGCCUGGUGUACAAUACCUUCAACAACAAGAUUUUUCUUUACUAUGACGUUACGCUACCAAGCAUGACGAUCACUCCUUUGAAUCCCAUGAAGGACUUUGAGUCUGAUGAAAUGCAAGUUUUAGAAACAUUAUUAGGCGAGUGUAAUAUAAAUGAGAAACAGCAAAAGUUGCAACAGUUAACUGAAUGGUUGCUGUAUGGCGUACAUUAGCAUAUGGCAAAUAAACGUUGUUACAAUUCUAUACAGAGCGUGAUUCUUACGUAACAUUAUAUCUGUUUUAAGAAUCGCCUUGUAUAGGCAAAAAUAUAUAAUAAUAAAACAUGUAUAUUCUAGU